AUGCUUCUUUCUAUCAUAAUAUCUAUAAUUGCUUUCCUUGUAUUUUUCGCCAUUUUUGAUUAUUAUUUCGGUGCUAGUGCUCCAAUACCCGGAAUAUUUCAAAUUCCAGGCAGUCUUCCAUUCAUUGGUAAUCUUCAUCAAGUCCUCGACAAUCCUGCAUUGGUGUAUUUGAAUUGGGCCAAGAAAUAUAAUGUCUCCUUGUUUCAAAUACGACUAGGUAAUAAACGAAUAGUGGUUGCAAACUCAUGUGAGGAUGUUAUUGGAUUAUGGGUUAAUCAUUCUUGUCAAAAUAAUUCCCGACCUUUAUAUUAUACGUUUCAUGGAAUUGUAUCUGCCACUCAAGGGUUUACGGUGGGCUCGACACCUGCUAGUUUAACAUACCAACGGAAGAAGAAAGCAAUUGGUCAAUAUUUGAAUAAGAAAUCAGUUGAUGGACAUUCACAAAUUCUCGAUAAUGAAAUUAAAUAUAUGAUUCGAUAUUUAGUAAAUCAAAAUAAAUUCAUCCAACUAUUUGCUUUAGUUUUUAAUAAGUUUUUCUUUGGUAGAAAACUAAAUCUAAUAAUGUUAUAUUUCCAAUUAUUUGCAUUACGAAGUAGUAUCUUCCUCGCCUAUGGGAUUCAUCUAGAUUGUUAUGGAAAAGAUCGUGAACUCUGUCAAGAAAUCAUCGAUGUUGAAAACAAAAUCAUCCGACUCCGUUCACCCAUCUCCAACCUCGAGGAUUCAAUUCCCAUCCUCCGCUAUAUCCCAUUCUUCUUAGGUAACUCCAAACUCGCCAAAGAUUGUGGUGACCGUCGAAACAAAUACAUAAACCAUUUCCAUCAACAACUAGUCCAAGGCAUCUCCGAAGGCAAUGAAGACUCCCUAAAAUCAAUAGUUGGCCGUAUGAUCCAAACCACAACCACCACCUCCUCCACCCAACAAAACCAAUCCAAAUCCCUCACUGAAUCAGAAAUCCAAUCCAUUUGUCUCACCCUCUUCAUACCGUCAGGAACUCAUUUAUUCAUGAAUGCAUAUGCUGCCAAUCAUGAUGCGGAAUAUUUUGUCCAUCCUUAUCAAUUCAGACCAGAAAGAUGGAUUGAUCCGAAUACGAAGAUGAUUAAGAAACUGAAUGGAUUUCAUCAACAUUUCGCAUUUGGUGCCGGGUCGAGAAUGUGUGCCGGGUAUAAUUUGGCGUUUAAAGAGAUUUAUAUGAUUACUUUAAGGUUGAUAUUGUUGUUUGAGAUUCAUCAACCUUGUGAAGAGAAAUGGUUGAUGGGUUUAGAUCCAUUUGGACAAAAUCUGAAUCCGAGGGCUACAGCUUUUGAACCAAAAGUACAUAAAGUAAGACUUAAUCUUCGUGAAUUACCCAAUUGCGAAGUCUUGUAUGAAAAGAUAUUUAAUGAUUAG